UGUGGCGCGUGACGGCGCGCAGAGCGGACGUGUUCUCUGGCGAUCCGUUAGAAUUAACGAUUUCCUGACUUCGCGAUCGUAAAUUUUGCAACGUUCAAUAUUUACGUUUUAUCGGUUUUAUUUUGCUGUAACGAGUACCUAUGUGGUGUUUAUUAUAGAUUUUUAAUCUGUGUACCGAGACCUUCCGGUUUAGUGGCGAAUCCUGACGCGCUUCAAACUAGUUCCAAAGUGGUAAUUUAUGCUAGGUUCUAGCGUUUGUUAGGUGACGAAAUCAGAAACAAGUUGAUAGAAGUAAAGACUGAAACAUGAAAACAGAAAUGUUCGGUUUUAAGUAGUGUUAAAAUUCUUGCGCCAGAAUACAAUAAUAAAAACAAAGAUUAUUUAAGUCUAAUGAGGUGUAUAUUCGUUCGACGGAAAGAGAUUCAAGCGAAAUAGAAAGAUAAAGAAGUUAUCACGCUUAAUAUUCAGCGUUUGAUCAAAAGAGAUUCAGCUGAAUUUAAAGACGAAUAUUUAGAAAAGCCCGUCAAAGAAUUCCUAAAAAGAAGUCGUCCUCUCAGAAGAGUUCUACUUUAGCGGAUUUUAACUAAACAGACGUUUCAGAUACCUGAACGAAAAAAUAAAAACAAAAAAAAACUUUUCGAAAAGAUUCCUCUGUGUUAAAAAGACACGCACGAAAGCAGUCCUAAAACUCGGUUGUUUUCAAAAAUCAUAUCGUUCGGGAAAUAGCGGUUUCCCAUUGGUUGCUGUCGUGAUAGGUGUUUAUCUCGGCCAAUGCGGCGGCGGCGCUGGGGCGAUGUCGCCGCCGCGGGCGCUGCUGGCGGCGCUGCUCGUCUUCCAACUGCUGUCGUACGGUGGCCACCAGGGGCUCACCAAGAUAUUUUACACGUUACCUGACACAGGACAACCUCCACUCCUCAUCUCUCUAGCAGAUAACGCUAAAUUGGAUUUGAAAAGUCCCGACGAGCUGCUGUUCGUCAACGAUUCGGAGCAACAUAAUGAUACGAAAACGUUCAUAAUAGUAGAAAAAAAUGCACUAGAUGACCAGAAUGACAAAACAAAACACGAAGAAAAAGAAUCAACGGAACCACGGCUUGUAGUUAAAGCCAUACCCAUGCACGAAGUCCGACAAACCGAGGAUGCAUUUCAGGCUGCUGUCCCAGUUACUGAGGAAAGCUCAGUAGAAUCUCAAACAGAAGAGCAAACGGAAGAAAGACAAAACAUUCCAGUUAAACCAGAGACCCCACAAGAGGACAUACCCUCAUUCUCAGAGUGGGCCCAAAAACAAUUGGCAGAGGCCGAGAAGAAAGACACAGUACUCAAUCAAUCGAGUCAACCUAGUCAUAGCAAUACAAAUUUUAGCAAUAAAAGUACUAAGUUACGGUCGAAAAACUACGCUUCGCCAGCCUGUGGAGCGAAGAUAGUUGCCGUAAACCCGGAAGCCGGUUCGGCCAGCUCUAUUCUGUCUCCAAACAGAGACGAAUAUAUGCUCAACACGUGCAACAGUCGCAUUUGGUUCGUGGUUGAACUGUGCGAGGCUGUCCAAGCUCAAAAAAUCGAAAUCGCUAACUUCGAGUUAUUUUCGUCCAUUCCCAAAGAUAUUGCUGUGUACUUCAGCGAUCGGUUCCCGACGCGAGACUGGGCCAGCGUCGGUCACUUUACCGCCAAAGAAAUGAGAGACGUGCAAAGUUUUGAUUUGUACCCACACUUGUUCGGAAAAUUUAUAAAAGUGGAAAUGCUUUCGCACCACGGUUCCGAGCAUUACUGCCCGAUAUCACUGUUCAAAGUGUACGGCACGUCGGAGUUUGAAGUUUUGGAAAAAGAGAGCUCUCAACAUGCAGCGCUCAUAGACGAUGACGAAGAUGAUGACGUGAUUGAUAUCCCCGAUGUACCUAUUGUAGAAACGGAGCCUUCUAAAAACUUAUUUGGCUCCGCGAGAGACGCAGUCAUGUCUAUAAUGAAGAAAGCUGCACAAGCGCUUGUAAAAACUGAAGUUCCUAAAAAUGUGUCCUCUGAACAUAACGAUACUUCGUCUAUAGAAAAUAUGUACAAACGGUGUUGCUCUCCAAGCCAUAUUAUUGUAUGUGAUAAUUGCAGUGAAACUCUUUACAAUGAAGUGUAUGAACUUAUUAGCUGUAGUUCGGACAAAUUAGUCAGUUUAGUGCGUCAAGUGUUUCUCAGAGAGACUUUAAAGUGCACAGGUUUAUGUCAACCGUAUGGUCUAGACUUUAAAAGUACAAAAACUAUUGAGUUUAGUGAUGAGCGUGUUGCUUACAUGAACGCUUUAUUUCCGAAAAAGUAUUUAGCCGCUUUAUGUAAUAUUUUAGCUAUUAAAGAAAAGAAGGUUGUAUUAAAUACAAGUUUCGAAACUGAACUGAAUUCAACCAGUAAUAUAACUGUAGAAGAAUCGCCCCAAAAAGUAAGUAGUGAAACAAAUGCAGAACAAGACGUUAAAUUGAUGCUGGAUAAGAAUAAUGGAUCCAGUGAGGAUAAAACUACCGAAACUGACCAACAAGAAGAAAAGGCAGUAAUAACUGAACAAAUAGAAAAUAUUAUUAACUCAGAAGAAUUGCCUAAAGAGGGAAACGAUAAAAUAGACGAUAAAAAGGUGGAGCCUGUUCCUGUUUUAGAAGAAAAACUUGUAGAACAGACAGCAGAGGUUAUUAUUGAUACCAAUAAACCAGCAGAUACGAAUUUAGAGGCAGAAAACAAAGAUGCAAUACUGAAAAUUGAUGGGAAGAAUGGAAAAGUCGAAACCACUACAGAGAAGCCUAAAGAAGUGGCUAAUAAUGGUGGAGAUGAGAUGAAUGAUCAGAUUAUGAUUGAUAACGAGAAUUUUAUGUCGGAGUUGGACCAGAUGGCUGUGGACCCAACACCAGUGGCAUCCCAAAAAGAGAAUCAAGCUCAGACGACUUUCCAAAAGGAAUCUGUAUUCCUGAGAUUGUCGAACAGGGUUAAGACACUGGAGAGGAACAUGUCCCUGUCGGGACAAUACCUCGAGGAGCUAAGCAGGCGUUACAAGAAGCAAGUUGAAGAAAUGCAGAAGACUUUCGAAAAGACCGUGGCUCAAAUGACGGAGGAGCGGCGAAAAAGCAACGAGAGGGAGCAAAAGUACUUAGAGCAAAUGGCCACUUUACAUGACCAGAUGCAAAACAUGGCGUCCGCCGUGAAAUUACUUCUAGACGAGCGGGACAGCUGGUUUGGCAACAUCACAUUCUUCAAAUUCAUCAUAUUACAAACGUUAAUAAUAGCCGCGGCAUUGUACUACAUAAAAACAUCACACAAACCCCAACCAGUACUCGUGCCUGUUCCUAAAAAGUCUAGAAAGAAGAAUGAUAAGUUUAGAAGGAAAUCUGUGGAAGGUGUGAGUGGCCACGAGACUCCGUCUGCUAAGAAGCGGCGACCGAGCGAAGAAGCUUUACAAAUCGCAAGACAAUCCGUGGAGUGUGAAGACGAUGACGAGGGUGAAUGGAAGGUCGCCAGGAAGAACAGACGAAGGAAAACCUCAAUAAUACACAGAAAUGCCGAAGAUAGAAACUGGAGCCGGCAAGACAGCAUCGGAAAAUUACAAGAGAAUCCUAUACCGUUGGACGAAGAAGAGUUUUACGCUCCCGUGCCUGAACCAAAGGAGUUUAACGACACUGUAGUUAUAAAAAAGGAAUUGCCGAAAACCAAUGGCUCUUUCUUUAAUAACUUGAAAAAUAAGACGAUGAAAACGAGACGACUGUCGUCACCUGCUUUCCUGAGGACUUUCAGCAGACAAAGUACCAGAAGCACACCGAGUCCAGUUGUGAGGACUUUGGAACCGAUUUUCAAUGGGAAAGUGGAUAAGAAAGCUGCCUCAGAAUCACCUACAGGGAGUUUGUGGUCAGAAUCAACAGAAAUAUCCCAAAACGGUAAUCCAGACAAUGAAAGUGGUGGCAAAAAGAAGAAAAGCCUCAAGAAUAUAUUGAAAAAAGUUUUUUAAGACUUUGCGUAUGCAUGUGUUAAGCGAAUGGCUAUUGUAAUUUAUUUCCUUGCGAAUAUUAUGUAUAUUUUAAAAUUUUAAAUUAUUGUUUGUAAUAUUUUUAAUUGUUGUUAGACCUCUCUAGGUGCCAAUUGUGAUAUAUUAGGGAGCCUAAUGUUAGUGUGUGUUGAGUUAGAUGCCUGCUUGGCCGUAUGGGAGGUGGGCGAGCGAAGACGGAUGAGAGUACUAGUCUCGAUGAAUGGUCGACAAAACAACGGCAUUAAAUGCAUUCAUUUUAA